UGUAGAAAUGUCAUUAUAGGUGGAUGUCACAACUUCUUGUCCAUUUAAUAUACUUUUGGAAUCUACUACAAGCAAAAUGCCCACCUCAAUGGUGGCUAUGUCACCUCAAACCCACCGUUUUGAGGGUUAGGGUUAGGAUUAAGGAAGGUUGAUUCGAAUCUUUCGACUUCUGAUCCAUCCAUGGCCAACCGCACCGAUCCUGCGGCCAAGAGCAUAAGGGGCACGAACCCCCAGAACGUGGUGGAGAAGAUUCUUAGGUCUAAGAUUUACCAGAACACCUACUGGAAGGAGCAAUGCUUCGGAUUAACUGCGGAGACGCUUGUGGACAAGGCUAUGGAGCUCGACCAUCUUGGUGGUACUUACGGUGGCAGCCGCAAACCUACACCUUUUAUGUGCUUGGUCAUGAAGAUGCUGCAAACCCAGCCCGAGAAGGACAUCGUCGUCGAGUUCAUCAAAAACGACGAUCACAAAUAUGUGCGAAUACUUGGUGCUUUUUAUGUGCGUCUUACUGGGACUGAUGUGGAUAUGUGCCGGUACCUAGAGCCUUUAUACAACGACUAUCGAAAAUUAAGGCAAAAUUAA